AUGCAUUCUUCAUCCGACAAGCCAUUCUGGGGCGAAGCCACGUCUUAUCUCAACUUUUGCGAAGAGGACUAUGUCGUUACGCGAUAUGUUGCCGAGUUUAUCAAUACGCUCAGCAGCUUCGCUUUCGUCGUCUAUGGAGCAUAUGGCCUGUUCAGACCCGGCCGCAAUGGCCAGACUCUUGCUCGUCUGCUUUCUUACAGUGGCCUGAUUGGCGUGGGCAUUUGCUCUGCCAGCUACCAUAUGACCCUGAAGUAUCACACCCAGAUGUCGGAUGAGCUGUCCAUGCAUCUUCUGACGACACCAAUCGUGUAUCGCCUCUUGACGUUCAAGAGCAGCCCGCAGCGUACCAAGCUCGUGGCCGUGCUUCUUACCGUCCUCUUCACAGCGGUCAUGGUCACGCACAUGGUCAUGGACGAAUUUCUCCUCCAUGCAACGACUUUUGGUCUUGCCGUCUAUAUCAUCGCGACACGGACACUGAAGCUCAUCUCUCAACAAGUGCCCGAUGAGCGUAUCAGGAAGAACCUUCGGAAUAUCGCGCUGUUUGGCUGCUUCAAUUUUGCCUUUGGAUACUUUGUGUGGCUGCUGGAUAACUGGCUGUGCUCGGGGCUGACUUCACUGAAGCAUUCUGCUGGGCUUCCUCUGGCUUUUCUUCUCGAGCUACACGGAUGGUGGCACAUCUUUACCUGUAUCGGGGGCUAUGUGGGCGUGGCUCUUGUCGAUGCAAUCACGUCAGGCCAAGUCCGUGAGGAUCCUGUUCCGCAUCUUGCCUGGCCCAUUCCGACUGCAGCGAGAUUCCUGGGUGGUGCAGACGCAUCACAAAAGCAGGAUUAA